AUGGUUGUCGCUCCACCCACACUUGCCAAGUUACAGAGCUACAGUAUAGGUUGUAUUUUUGUUUACAAAAAGCAACAUGAUGUGUUCGUUAAUACUGAGUCUGAAGACAGCUCAGCUAGUAAGAUUGCAUCAGUUAAAGAGACUGGGAAGGAUUUUACGUACUUAAUAGUGGUUCUUGUUGGGAUUGGCGUUACAGGUGGCUUGUUGUAUGUUGUUUUUAAGGAGCUUUUUUCAUCAUCCAGUCCAAGCAAAAUCUAUGGUGAUGCUUUAAGGAAAUGCAGAUCACAUCCAGAGGUUAUAGGUGUCUUUGGAGAGCCUAUUAAAGGUUAUGGUGAGACAACACGUCGAGGCAGAAGGCAGCAUGUCAGUCAUGUAGAAUACGUGAAAGAUGGGCUGAAGCACAUGCAACUGAAGUUUUACAUUGAAGGUUCAGAACCAAGAAUACAAGGAACUGUGCAUUCGGAAGUUAAAGAGAACCCUGAAACUGGAAAAUAUGAAUUUCGCUUUAUAUUUGUGGACAUUGAUACAUAUCCAAGAAGAACAAUUGUCAUUGAAGACAACAGAUAAUAUUCUGAAGAAAGAAAAUAUUUCAUUCAGACAAACCAUGCUGCCUUUUUAAAGCAGUGAUUGUGGAAAAGUGAGUUUAUGCUAUAUUUUGAAGAUAGUGUUGCUUUACCUUUUCGUGUGAUAUCUAAUUUUGCAUCUGGAACUGAAUACAUAUGAGAUG